ACAGAAACGUGAGUUGGUCGGCUGAGAAUUCAUUCCGUUUCUACAGAGAACUCGUGCAAGCAGUGGUCUUUUAUUGUCUGAAAAGCUUGGACCUGUGGAGGGAAACACCUACUUCAUUGAUAUCUUUGGCUCAGAAAUUUCCGUUCUUGCAAGGAGUGAAUAGCGAUACCUUUUCGAAAUGGCUGAGGCUGAUGCCACCGCGGUGGCUGAUAUCCAAGAGCAAAUCAAAGGAACACAGCGGGCAAUGGUUGAAGGUCUAGUCGAAGAAGCAAAGAAGCUGGGUCUCAAUUCCUCCCUCAUACAAUGCGGUGGCACUGAGACAAAUGAAGCAUUCUGGCGCUAUCUCCGGCAGACUGACUGGAACUUGGAGAACUCCCUGGAGCUAAUCAAGGCGGCGUGUGAGUGGCAUGAGCGUAACGGGUCACAGUUAGCCAGCCUGCUACAGGAGACGUUUUCCAAGCAGCCUGGUCUGUUUAGCUUGCGUCAAAUUGGACAUGACAAGCAAGGCCGCCCCGUCCUCUUCGUCUGCUUUGCGCAGAGUAGCGCCACCGUAGCAGAGCACACUGUCGACUCUGUCAUCAGCUUUGCGCAGAGUGUCGUUGAGAAUGCGUGCCGGACAAACAAGCAGGAAGCAAGCGGAGAGGAGGGGAAGUCAUGCAUUCUCAUUGUCGACUGCAGUGGACUUCAGCCGAAAGCAGUCCUAAAGCCAACGAUGCUGGUUAAAACGCACCAGACGCUGACAAUGCUGUAUCCGAACACCAUCGAGAGCAUUCUCCUGUUCAACUACAAUCAAGAGACGCGUAAUACGUGGAAGGAGCUGAAAGGCUACAUCGACGAGGGCCUUGCGAGCAAGGUGAAGUUCGUAGCGAUGCAGAAUGUGUCGCCAACGCUGAUCACAAAGUUCCCGGCUGACGUGGGCCAAUGGCUCAGGGAGGAAAUUGCAGCGAACAAAUCCAAACCAGUGCCGGAGGAGCAGGUGCAUUUUUGGCAGACGCACAGUCCGCAUGACCCACGGGCUGCACCGUCCUACAUCGCUGACUACAUUGAUAUGAAGAACGCGGAUCACAAGCCCCAUCCCGGAAUCCUUUACGGUGGACAGUAGAAGGUUGAACUUGGGCCAGAAUGGUACAAAGAGAGAUGAGCAUGCAAUUAAUAGUUGAUGUCAAGUGCAAUCCACGUCCACCAUCGGUGGUGGUACAAGUACACUGGACUGCACGCACCACUGUUCAACACAAUACACAUGUAGGCAAUGACAGUGGCACCGAUGUACGAUUGGCUCUAACAGCACAACAUGCACUUGACUCACCGCCCAGUACUAGUUAUCGUCAGACUCUCCAUACUCCCUCCCUAGCUCUUUAUUUCUCACGAGCAUAUCCUAAGCUAAGGAGUACAGCUAUUUCCAGGAUACUUAUCAAUAAUAUUUCACAUUAAGGUUUUUAGAGAUUACUUACAUGUAGGAUUGUCCACAGAUACAGUCUCGGUGUAACACAAAACUUCUAAUAUACUUACUUCUAAAUGCUGCUAAAUACAGUACAGAUUACAUCACUAACUUACAUAAUUAUACAAGUCCACUAUUGCCAGACACCACCGAUUUUAGUCAUCACGACAUUUGCCGCAUUCUGUGUACUGCCUUUUUUUGUGAGAAAAUCGUCCCGAGAGUGCUCUUGCAUGUUGCACCGAAGUAA